UCGGCAACCUUGUCGUUGUCGCUAUCGCUAUCGCUAUCGCCUAUUGUGCAAGGGGCUUUAACUGUUUUGCGUUAUGGCGUUAUGCGCCAGCCGGUCGAUAAGCGAGGCCGGGGACUCCGGGGAGUUUCCUCGUCACUCGUCGCUCCUGCGUCCCGCGUCCCGCCACGCCGGUUCCGCGCGUCGUUCCGGUCGUUCGGAAUUCUCACAUUCUCAUUUCUCGGUCUCGGUCCGGACGAGCUGAUCGACGAAGCGUGAAUCGACUGCCGCUCCGCUGGGUCAUGUUCCAAAACUCACUCUAGGGGGAGGGGGGAAGAGGGGUUUCCUCCUCUUUGGUUAGGAGCAUAGGCGCCUUCAACCCUGCCUUUGGGUUACAUAUAGCGCAAUCGACAUCGACGACGUCGCCGACACCCGGACUCCAGAGUCCGGACGUCCCCACGUCGUGCAUUGUCUUAAUUGUCUACCGAUAUGGAAGGACGCGGCUCACGCGGCGGUGGGGCGUAUCUCGCGGUCUUCUCUGGAAUUUUUGCGACCGCCGGUAGUCUUCUGGGCAAGCUUGCCGGUGGCGCUGACGCGUCGUCGUUGACAUCGUUGCUUCUAAAAGGAGUACUUCUCGUCUCUAUGAUCGUGAGCAACACCAUAGGAUGCACGUUUUUUGUCAAAGCGCUUCAUGGCAGCGGUUCUUCUUUGCCGAUAACCGUCGCCAGUGCGGCUACGAACUAUGUUUGUUCGGCUUUCGUAGGAUUCGUCGUGUUUGACGAAUCCACUUCAUUGACCUGGUGGUGCGGAACUUCCCUGGUACUGCUCGGCUUGAUGUUGAUCUGCAAUGUUCCCACUGAAAAGAAGGCUUCCGCCGCCGAGGAAAAAUUGAAACAUCAAUAGCUAACGACGGGCGCUUUUAUAUUACAAGCAAGAGCGAUUAUGGUGAUGUUACAACGGUACGAUUCCAUUUUUGUAUUGACAGAUAUUUAUGUCCUUACGUCAGAAACGUAUUGUGUUAUCUGUAAUAAGAAUGAAUUUUGAUAUACAAAUAAAAGAGUAUAGGAUAGUAUGGAUAGUAUAGUCUUAAGUGUUAUAAAUUACGUAUAAAGCACAAUUAUAUAUUCUUUGUUAUAAAUAAAGUAUUUUAUGUUUUCUCUAUAAUAAUGUUCUACGUAAAUGAUGGAUAUAAUUUUGAAACGCGUUGAUUGUCCGAACACGAAAUGACGUAUAACAUGCACAUAUAUACGAUACCGUAUUAUAGAUUGCUCACUGAACGCAGCAGUGUGAAAUUUAUUAAUGCAGAAGGAUAAAAAUAACCUAUUAGGUCUAAAGAGAAAUGUUUCGCUUUAAGAUUAUUUCGUUCAAAAAGAUUGAUCAGUCUUGAAGAAUCUCGACCGAGUUGCAUGGAAAAUCUUGAGAGUAAAAAGCAAAAGUAAUGAAUUGUUUUGUACAGUAGUAUAAGAAACAUGUAGUGUAUUUUAUGAGGUUUCUUAAAGUAUCGCUUUUCGCGCGAUUAAUCCAUAUUUUUAUCUUUCUGUAGAUAGAUUUUAUGCCGGGUUUUAAAGUGGUUCUCUAAAAAUUCAGGUCUCUCGGGGCCUCGAGUGGUGCCUGUUUUAGCACAGCGAAGUGGAUUUUCAUGUCUAUAGUAGCGUUGGAUAUAAGCGGAAUGACGAUGACGAAGUGGAUAUCUCUCUCCCGUUUCUCCCUUAAAAUACGCUAGCACGAUGUCAUCUUCCUCCCUUCCUGCCGUCAAGUGGGUAACGUGGUGGAUUUAAUAUUGACGCAUUAACGAGGCGAAAUUAGCGCGAUGAGCAAAUUAUACAUCGUUAUUAUUACGUUACGCCCGUGGUGACGAUCUUGGCGUCGAUGUAACGCGUAAUGAAGUCGGAUGUAUUUAUGUCCCGGGACGUAAAUAUAUCUACCAUGCAAAUGAAUAUGUGGCGUCUGAUAGCGGACGUCGAACGAAUCGAUUCCGGUUGACGUUAAUUCGCCUGCAGGUAUCGAGAUAGUUUGAUAUCAGAAUGAUAUCAAACACGCACGUCAAUUUCGAUGCGAAAUUGAGAGUCGUUGACUUUUUCAUGUGCAACCCGACCCCGCGCUGUCGCGAUUUUCAACACUCUCUUCGAUAUAACGAGUUAACGAGUUAAUAUCGUGUUUAUCAAUUAGCAAACGUAGGAUAAAUAAUAUGUAAUGAAAACCAAAUAUUUCGUAUAUAAGAGAAUAUAUUAUAG